AAUGAAAUCUCUUUUCCAGCAGCAGCAACAUCCGCAACAACAGAAGAAAAAGAAGAAGAAGAAGGAGACUAUAUGUCAACGAUAAUCGUGGCUAGUGGUGUCGGAAUCGUGCUGAUCGCCAUACUUAUCGUUUUGUGUGUGAUGAUUACUCAACGAAAGCAACACCAGGAGAAAAAGAAGUUGGCGGAAUCGAUGAACAAGAAAAAGAAGAAGGGCAAGAAGGGAAAGAGCAAGAAGAGCAAGAAAAGCAAGAAGAGCAAAAAGGGUAAAAAGGAAGAAGAGGAAAAAUCGACGCAAGGUGCUACAGAUCAAGUAUCUAACCCGCCUGCCGACGGAGCUCCUCCUCCUGAAGCAACUCCCGAAGCUCCUGGUGGUGUUCCUCCUCCAGAUGCCGGAGCUGCUCCUCCUCCUGAAGGUGCACCACCUCCAGAUGCAGGUGGUGGUGCGGGUGCUCCUCCUUUUGCUGAUAGAAUGGAUGGUGGUAGAUCACCGAUGUACUACAACCGGAACCGCCGGCAGAGCAGCCAGGAUGAAGACUCUAGCAAUACGGUAACAACUGCCACGACCAUAGACGAAACAAGUGAACAAGAAAUGGACUACAGACCGAUAGGAUGGAAUCUUGCAAUGAAAAGCCAUCUAGCAUCUGCACAAAAAUCACAAGCAGCAGAAAUUUUACGUAGAAUCUCAUCAUAG